CGACUCGCUUGUCCCAAAUGUAUGCAGCUCGGCAUGCCGCCGACGUACUUUUGCAGCCAAGAUUGCUUCAAAACGAAUUACUCACACCACAAGCAGGAUGUCAAACUCUCUCUACCGGAUUGGGCCAAUUACUACGACUUUACCGGUCCGUUACGCCCCGCCUUGCUCAGUCCCCGUCGUCCCGUGCCGCCACGCAUUCGCAAGCCGGACUACGCCGAUCACGUAGCGGGCGUGUCGGAAUGCGAGCAGCGCGAUCGUACCAGUCACAACAAUAUUCGCGUCUACACGUCGGACGAACUCGACGGAGAUACCGGAUUGCGACACGCGUGUCGUAUGGGACGGGAGGUCUUGGAUAUAGCCGGCAAAGCCCUGCGCCCGGGGGUCACCACGGAUGAAAUCGACCGAGUCGUGCACGAGGCCGCCCUUGAGCGCGAUUGCUACCCGUCACCCUUGAAUUAUUACAACUUUCCCAAGUCGGUUUGUACGAGCGUCAACGAAGUUAUUUGUCACGGAAUUCCCGACUAUCGGGAGGUUCAAGAUGGCGACGUGGUCAAUUUGGAUAUCACCACGUACAACGCUGGCGGAUACCACGGUGAUUUGAACGAGACCUAUUGCGUGGGGAACGUGGACGCGGACGGUCGUCGUUUGGUGCAAACCGCCUUUGAGUGCCUGGCGAGCGCCAUGGCACUCGUCAAGCCUGGAACGUUGUACCGGGACCUGGGUACGGUCAUUGAGCGCCACGCCAAACAGAACAAAUGCAGCGUCGUACGAACCUACUGCGGCCACGGGAUUGGUUCCCUCUUCCAUACCAUUCCCAACGUUCCCCACUACGCAAAAAACAAAGCCAAGGGUACUAUGAAAGUGGGUCACGUGUUUACGAUCGAGCCCAUGAUUAACUUGGGAAUCUCGGCCGAUCGCACGUGGGGCGACAACUGGACCGCCGUAACGACGGAUGGCAAACGCAGUGCCCAGUUCGAACACACGAUUUUGGUCACCGAGACGGGAUUCGAAAUUUUGACGGCUCGGGACGAUGAGCCGGUCAUGCAAUGGGAUGCCGAGAAGAACAAUCGUUGA